UGGACUACUGUCAACAUGGCUACCCUUCUGGUCUCUGCUUUGUCCGUCAUGGCUGUGCUGGCCUUCGGGUCAUGUUUGUCUGUCUUGCCUCAUGAGAAACCCUAUCUAGAGAGUGCUGGGAUCCAAUAUAUAUCUAGGUCUUACACCUCCCUUCUCACCGUGCCAAAUGGAGAACAAUUUGGAAACUGGACCUGGCCAGAGAUGUGUCCUGACAAGUUCUUUGCUGUUGGAUUCAUGCUCCGGGUUGAGUCUGAGCAGUACGGUCUGGACGACACUGCCUUGAAUGGCAUUCGCUUGAUCUGCGCUAAGGGCGAGGAUAGGAGCUUCUUAUACACCAUUGAGUCUCACGCUGGGUUCUAUGGUGACUGGUCAGAGCCCCAGUAUUGCCCCAGGGGGGUGCUUACUUCCUUCCAGCUGCGCGUGGAGCCCUAUCAGGGUAUGUUUGGUGACGACACAUCGGCCAAUAACAUCAGAUUCCGCUGCAGCAGCAACCCCACCCUCACGGGCAACGGCCUGGGCUAUGGCGAGUACGGUCUCUGGAGCGAGGCGUGUGCUGAUGGGGGCAUCUGCGGAAUCGAGACCAAGGUGGAGGAAUUCCAGUCCGGGCUGGACGACACUUCUCUCAACGACGUGCGCUUUCACUGCUGCGCAAAAACGCCACAGUGAUCAUCUCCCCUGGAUCAGUCUCAACAAACCAGCCCCGACCGGCCCUGACAUGUCAACUCAUGGGCUCUCUCACUCAGAGCUGUGGUGCGUCCAUUCCCAUCUGCGCCCAAUACCUGAGUUAAAACCUAAUAAAUCAUCCAACCGGCUCUGGUAAAAAUCUAAUAAAUCUUUCAACUUGCUCUA